UCGCACGUGCGAGUUCGCGCCGUUUAGCAAUUAUCCUGUAGAGUUCCAACUUUUGAGUUGUUUGACUUUGACCCAAUACGAGCCAGAUAGGAGACGAACUUUCCAUGGAAACUUCCAGUGCUUAUCCGCCACGUGUACCGGACCCUCCUCAUAUAUCCUAGCAAAUAGCACGCCGAGCACCUUUUCAUUUUUCCUUUUCCUUCUUCUUCUUCUUCUCCGAUCUCCAAUCUGUAAUUUCAAAUUGCAGUGAUUCGAUUGUGAUAGACGCUGAAAUUUCUCUGUAUCUCUCUACUCAUUGUGCAUAGGAUCGUAUAUAGAAUUAAAAGAUGCCGUACUGCGAGGUUGGUAGAGAACAAGGCAGCGACGAUGCUGCGCUUAACAAUGGCGUCAAACUUUUCUACAGAACGUACGGUCACGGUCCAAUCAAAGUGCUCCUAAUAAUAGGGUUGGCUGGAACGCACAAUUCAUGGGGUCCGCAAGUCAGAGGCCUCACCGGAACGGACAAGCCCAACGAUGAAGAAAUCCUGAAAUUUGAUCGCAGCUCAGAUGGAGCCAACAAUGGGAGUGGGGGCGCUGGCGUUGGUGGCAUCGAAGUCUGUGCAUUUGAUAAUCGUGGAAUGGGCCGGAGCUCCGUUCCCACCAAGAAAUCUGAGUACACGACAAAGAUAAUGGCAACAGAUGCAAUUGCCUUAUUGGAUCAUUUGGGCUGGAAAAGAGCUCACGUCUGUGGGCAUUCAAUGGGGGCUAUGAUAGCUUGCAAGUUUGCCGCCAUCGUUCCGGACAGAGUUCUGUCUCUUGCCUUACUUAAUGUAACAGGUGGAGGUUUUGAAUGCUUCCCUAAGCUUGGCCACCAAACGCUUUCCAUUGCAAUUCGUUUUUUGAGGGCAAAAACUCCUGAACAAAGGGCUGCUGUUGACUUGGACACUCAUUAUACAAAUGAAUAUCUUGACGAAUAUGUUGGACAUAGCACAAGAAGAACAAUUUUAUAUCAAGAGUAUGUAAAAUGUAUAUCAGCAACUGGAAUGCAGUCAAAUUCCGGUUUUGAUGGUCAAGUUAAUGCAUGCUGGACGCACAAAAUUACACAAAAAGAGAUUGAAUUGAUCAGAUCUGCUGGAUUUCUUGUGUCGAUAAUUCAUGGCAGCUAUGACGUCAUUGCUCAAAUAUAUCAUGCAAAGAGGUUGGCAGAAAAGCUGCAGCCUGUUGCUAAAAUGAUAGAACUUCAUGGAGGGCAUCUUGUAAGCCAUGAGAGAACAGAAGAGGUUAAUAAAGCUCUUCUUGACUUGAUAAAGGCAUCAGAAAUGAAGUUAGACCCACAUGAGUGGACUAAUUUAACCCAGAAAAGCUCUGGGAAUUUGGAGAGAGGGAUAUCAAUCGGCAAAACAGGUGCAGAGGUAUCUUUCAUGUUCGCCAUGUUGGAGAAGCUGCAUUUAUGCCUAUUAUACCUCUUCGGCCUUUUUGUGUUAGUCUUUGGGUACGGAAGAAGGGCUUUACGCUGUCUAAAACCAGUUAGAGUUGGAGCUUCCCUCACAUGAGCCCAUUGAUCCUUCUUAACUGUGGGAUCAAGGAUUUAUCAUAAGCGUGCUUCUCCUUGAUUUUAGCAGUUUUGCUUAUUGGAUGUUAUCAACUAAACCUAGCAAACUACCCAAAGACCGGUACAACCAGAAUUGUCCAUAGGAGAGAUUGAGAAAACAAAUGUUGAGAUAGACCACUCUGCCAUCCAGGGAACAGUAAGCGAGUAAAUAGCUUCCAUGUUGCCUUACUCUUGUAUGAUGCUUAGCGUAUAAUCCAAACAUUUACACGUGCAUAUUAGAAAACCAACGGAAAAGGAGAACAAGGAACAGAAAAAAAAAAAUAGUAUAACAUGAAAAUAGUGCAAAAGAAUCCAUAAUACUUUGUAUAGGACUUGUAAUAUGUACUGUUGAGGUUACAAAAGUUUGUCUCUAAGUUUAAGUAGUUAUAAUUUUUUCAUGUUACAGCACGUUUUUUUAUAUCAGUACCAAGCUUUUCAAGGUACUGAACGAAAGUACCGGAGAGAGAACUUACACUGUUGUAUACUAAAACAAACAGUAUAUGAGAUCGAUGUUUGAACUGUCGACUCUUGCAGAAUCUAGAUGAUCAUGUGUUUUGGUAUCCAUAAAUAAAACUCUCAAACCCAUAUAAGAUCAGGGAACACA